AUGUAAAUAUAUAAUUAUAAAAAAUUUUAAUUUUUAGAUUUUCUACUUUGUAUUUUCUUAAUUUUUAAUUCAAUUAGAGAUAUAUACAUAAUAAGAAAGCUAGGCUCUAAAUAAAUUCAAUAAAAAUUUUUAAGUUCUGAAAAUCUAAAUUAAUUAAUAACUUUUAUACUCCUUUUUAUAACUAAAUAUCAUUAUGAGGGAUUUAAAUUAAGUGUUAUAUUAAUUUUAUUAUCAUUUACAAACCUUUAAUGGUUAAAAUAUGUACAAUAUUAAUAUAUAUCUUUCUGUAUAUCUUACGGACUACUUUUAAUUUCACUUUUAUAUGUACUAUACAAAUUGCCUAUUUAUCACUUUCCAGAACCUUUAGGUAGCUAUCAAAUAGGAUUAAAGUAAAUGGCCAUAAGGGAUAAAUUCCAUACAAAAGUAUCGGUAUAUUACCCUUGUAUUUUUAACGAAAAAAGUAAAAAAUAUACAAAAUGGUGUCAAACAGAAAAUUAUUAAAGAAGUAUGCAUGAAAGUAUGAAAUAUUUUCCUUUGGUACUUCCUUGGUUGAUUUUUAAGAUAAUGACUGAUUUUGUAUAAAAAGUUUAUGUAAAAAAUAGCCCUAAUGCAAAAAUAAUUCAAUAAGAAAAAAAAUUCAAAGUAAUAAUUUUUAGUCAUGGAUUAGCAGGACAUAGAUAAUCUUACUCAAUUUUUACUAAUGAUUUAGCGUCAAAAGGAUAUAUAGUUUUUAGUCCUGAUCAUUAUGAAGAUAUAAGUCCUUAAGAGCUUAUUAAUGCUAUAAAAAAUAAGAACGAUAAUAAUAUGAAUAUAGUAAAAUAAAUUAGAAACUAAUAAUUAAAUGAUAGACAAUAGUAAAUAGCAUAGCUCAUUAAAGUAAUUAAAAAUAAAUAAUAAAUGGAAGAACUUUUUGAGUCUAGAAUUUCUCUUGAUGUUGAAAAUAUUGUCCUUAUGGGUCACUCUUUUGGAGGUGUUACAGCUACUUAAUCGGCUUUUUUAGAUAAAGAAAUAAAGGCUGUUAUUGGGUUGGAUCCUUGGCUUUACCCAUAAGAUGAUUAAUUAUUAGAUUUGAAAUAUAAAAAUCCUAUUUUGUAUAUUAAUACUGAAUCUUUUGCAAUCAAAAAUCCAUAAUAUUAACUAAUUUAGAAAUGCUAGUAAAUAUAUUAAGCAGCAGGAGAUUCUUAAAAUAAUAAAAUUAUUGGGUUCUUAAAAAAUAGUGAUCAUGUAAGCAUGACGGAUAUUUGUUUUAUUAUCCCCUAAGAAAGUGUUUUGAUUUAAAUGAUAAGAUAAACUGAAAAUUUAGUCGAAAUCACAUAAUAAACUAGAAUUUUGGUUAGUCUUUUUUUAGAAAAAAUGGUUUUUGGGAAUUAAAGUAAGGAACAAGUACUUAAUGAAUAUGAAAAAAAUUGUGUUGAAAUGUAUAUAAAAAUAUAUAUGUGUAGAGAUGGAAGCAUGAUGGACAUUUUUAUUUGAGGAGAAAAUAAUAAGGCUUUAGAAGUGAUCAUGAAAAUUUAAAAAUAGGAGGAUAAAAUGUUAUUUCAUGCUUUUAUUCUUAUAUUAUUUAAAAUGAUUUAUAAGAUGAUAUAAUAAUGAAUAGAAGAAUAUAUAAGUUAUAAAGUGAAAAUAUAUAAUUUUAUUUAGUGCAUUAUUUAAAAGAUUCAAUAAAAUAAAAUUUAAUUGAAUAAAAAAAUUAAAUUCAAAAUAUACAGGAAGAAAACUAGAAUAUACAAUUUUAGCAUGAUAAUUUAAAUUAAUUUAAUAAUCAAUAUUCUGAAUUUUUUGUGAAUAAUGAUAAUUAUAAAAAUAAUAAUUAAAUGAGUUCUGUAAAUUAAUAAUAGUUCAAUGAUAAUUUUUAUCCUUAAUAUUCUGAAAAUUAGCAUUAAAAUUAAUAAUAGUAAAUUUAGCAAAAAAAGAUUUCUAAUUAUUACGAAAAUUCAAUUAAUUAUUCUAAUAAUUCUCAAAAAACAGAAAACUCAUAUAUAAAUUUACACCAAAGAAUACAAGAAUUAGAACAUAGGUUAUAUAAAUUAGAAUUUGAUAAAAAAUAGAAUAGGAGUCUACUUAAAUUCCUUUGGAUAAAAAAUUUGAAAAACAAGAAGAAAUUUCCGAUUCUACAGUAGAAUAACAGAAUAAAAUAAGAAUUACUGAAUAUUCCCCUGAAUGGGAUUAUGUUAAGGGAGGAAGUAAAUUUGUCCUUUGUUUUUGGCCAGAUUUAAGUUUUUUGCCUAAAUCAGAUUUAAAAAAAUUCUAAGUUUGCUUUGGAGAAUUGAAAGUUUAAGCUCAAUGUAUUUAACCUGGUGUUAUAAAAUGUUUUGUUCCUGCUCAUAAAGAUGGUCUUAUUAAAUUAUAA